AUGGAGGUCAUUGAAUGGAAGUUUCCAGAGUCCCAUGACGGCACUUUUGGGAAACCGUGGUUUGAAGCCUACAACCCUCAAGUGAACUGGCAGACGCAAGAAAUAUGCCUGAGAGAAUACAGCUCACAGACGUCGCUCGGGUACGGCAAGUACUUUUACCCGAUCCACUCGUUCAUAUGUACCAGUGUUUCCGGAACAACUACCGGAUGGAAUAUUUUCAACACGAGAAGUCAACUUGGAGGCGACGCUGAAAAAGAGAGCGCAGCCAAGUAA